AUGCGCGGCGCCGGUGGCCCCCGCGGCCCUCGGGGCCCCGCUAAGAUGCUGCUGCUGCUGGCGCUGGCCUGCGCCAGCCCGUUCCCGGAGGAGGUGCCGGGGCCGGGCGGGCCUGGCGGGGGCCCCGGCGGGGCGCGACCUCUCAACGUGGCGCUCGUGUUCUCGGGGCCCGCGUACGCGACCGAGGCGGCGCGACUGGGCCCGGCCGUGGCGGCGGCCGUGCGCAGCCCGGGCCUGGACGUGCGGCCGGUGGCGCUGGUGCUCAACGGCUCGGACCCACGCAGCCUCGUGCUGCAGCUCUGCGACCUGCUGUCGGGGCUGAGGGUGCACGGCGUCGUCUUCGAGGACGACUCGCGCGCGCCCGCCGUCGCGCCCAUCCUUGACUUCCUGUCGGCGCAGACCUCGCUGCCCAUCGUGGCCGUGCACGGCGGCGCCGCGCUCGUGCUCACGCCCAAGGAGAAGGGUUCCACCUUCCUGCAGCUGGGCUCGUCCACAGAGCAGCAGCUUCAGGUCAUCUUCGAGGUGCUGGAGGAAUACGACUGGACGUCUUUUGUAGCUGUGACCACGCGUGCCCCCGGCCACCGGGCCUUCCUGUCCUACAUUGAGGUGCUGACUGAUGGCAGCCUGGUGGGCUGGGAGCACCGCGGGGCAUUGACGCUGGACCCCGGGGCUGGCGAGGCCGUGCUGGGCGCCCAGCUCCGCAGUGUCAGUGCGCAGAUCCGCCUGCUUUUCUGUGCCCGUGAGGAGGCCGAGCCUGUGUUCCGGGCAGCCGAGGAGGCUGGCCUCACUGGGCCUGGCUACGUCUGGUUCAUGGUGGGGCCCCAGCUGGCUGGAGGCGGGGGCUCGGGCACCCCUGGGGAGCCCCUUCUUCUGCCAGGAGGCGCCCCACUGCCUGCCGGGCUGUUUGCAGUGCGCUCGGCAGGCUGGAGGGAUGAUCUGGCCCGGCGUGUGGCAGCUGGCGUGGCCGUAGUGGCCAGAGGUGCCCAGGCCCUGCUGCGUGACUAUGGCUUCCUGCCUGAACUUGGCCAUGACUGUCGCGCCCAAAACCGCACCCACCGAGGGGAGAGUCUACACAGGUACUUCAUGAACAUUACCUGGGAUAACCGGGAUUACUCCUUCAAUGAGGAUGGCUUCCUGGUGAACCCCUCCCUGGUGGUCAUCUCCCUCACCCGAGACAGGACCUGGGAGGUGGUGGGCAGCUGGGAGCAGCAGACUCUCCGCCUCAAGUACCCGCUGUGGUCCCGCUAUGGCCGCUUCCUGCAGCCAGUGGAUGACACGCAGCACCUCACCGUGGCCACGCUGGAAGAGAGGCCUUUCGUCAUUGUGGAGCCCGCCGACCCCAUCAGUGGCACUUGCAUCCGAGACUCCGUCCCCUGCCGGAGCCAGCUGAACCGCACCCACAGCCCUCCGCCGGACGCCCCCCGCCCAGAAAAGCGGUGCUGCAAGGGCUUCUGCAUCGACAUUCUGAAGCGGCUGGCGCAGACCAUCGGCUUCAGCUAUGACCUCUACCUGGUCACCAACGGCAAGCACGGCAAAAAGAUUGAUGGUGUCUGGAACGGCAUGAUCGGGGAGGUGUUCUACCAGCGCGCGGACAUGGCCAUUGGCUCUCUCACCAUCAACGAGGAGCGGUCCGAGAUAGUGGAUUUCUCCGUCCCCUUCGUGGAGACAGGCAUCAGCGUUAUGGUGGCGCGUAGCAAUGGCACUGUGUCCCCCUCGGCCUUUCUCGAGCCAUACAGCCCUGCCGUAUGGGUGAUGAUGUUCGUCAUGUGCCUCACUGUGGUCGCCGUCACCGUUUUCAUCUUUGAGUACCUCAGUCCCGUCGGCUACAACCGCAGCCUGGCCACGGGCAAACGCCCUGGCGGCUCAACUUUCACCAUUGGGAAAUCCAUCUGGCUGCUCUGGGCCCUGGUGUUCAAUAACUCGGUGCCCGUGGAGAACCCCCGGGGGACCACCAGCAAAAUCAUGGUGCUGGUGUGGGCUUUCUUCGCCGUCAUCUUCCUCGCCAGCUACACAGCCAACCUGGCCGCCUUCAUGAUCCAGGAGGAGUAUGUGGAUACCGUGUCUGGGCUCAGUGACCGAAAGUUCCAGCGGCCCCAGGAGCAGUACCCGCCCCUGAAGUUUGGGACGGUGCCCAACGGGUCCACAGAGAAGAACAUCCGCAGCAACUACCCCGACAUGCACAGUUACAUGGUGCGCUACAACCAGCCCCGCGUAGAGGAAGCACUCACUCAGCUCAAGGCAGGGAAGCUGGACGCCUUCAUCUACGACGCGGCUGUGCUCAACUACAUGGCCCGCAAAGAUGAGGGCUGCAAGCUCGUCACCAUCGGCUCGGGCAAGGUCUUUGCCACCACAGGCUACGGCAUCGCCCUGCACAAGGGUUCCCGCUGGAAGCGGCCCAUCGACCUGGCACUGCUGCAGUUCCUGGGGGAUGAUGAGAUCGAGAUGCUGGAGCGGCUGUGGCUCUCUGGGAUCUGCCACAAUGACAAAAUCGAGGUGAUGAGCAGCAAGCUGGACAUCGACAACAUGGCGGGCGUCUUCUACAUGCUCCUGGUGGCCAUGGGCCUCUCCCUGCUGGUCUUCGCCUGGGAGCACCUGGUGUACUGGCGCCUGCGGCACUGCCUGGGGCCCACCCAUCGCAUGGAUUUCCUGCUGGCCUUCUCCAGGGGCAUGUACAGCUGCUGCAGCGCGGAGGCUGCCCCGCCGCCCGCCAAGCCCCCGCCGCCGCCGCAGCCGCUGCCCAGCCCGGUGUACCCGGCGGCGAGGCCCGCUCCCGGCCCCGCGCCCUUCAUGCCCCGCGAGCGCGCCACUGUGGACCGCUGGCGCCGCGCCAAAGGUGCAGGGCCGCCGGGGGGCGCGAGCUUGGCCGACGGCUUCCACCGCUACUACGGCCCCAUCGAGCCGCAGGGCCUGGGCGUGGGCGAGGCGCGCGCCGUGCCCCGGGGCGCAACUGGGCGCCCGCUAUCGCCGCCGGCUACGCAGCCCCCGCAGAAGCCGCCGCCCUCCUACUUCGCCAUCGUGCGCGACAAAGAGCCGGCCGAGCCCCCCGCCGGCGCCUUCCCUGGCUUCCCGUCGCCGCCCGCGCCCCCGGCCGCCGCGGCCACAGCCGUCGGGCCGCCGCUCUGCCGCCUGGCCUUCGAGGACGAGAGCCCGCCGGCGCCCACGCGCUGGCCGCGCUCGGACCCCGAGAGCCAGCCCCUGUUGGGCCCCGGCGCGGGGGGCGCGGGCGGUGCGGGCGGCGCGGGCGGCGGAGCCCAGGCCGCGCCACCCCCGUGCCGCGCCGCGCCGCCCCCCUGUCCUUACCUUGACCUAGAGCCGUCGCCGUCGGACUCGGAGGACUCGGAGAGCCUGGGCGGCGCGUCGCUGGGCGGCCUGGAGCCCUGGUGGUUCGCCGACUUCCCCUACCCGUACGCCGAGCGCCUCGGGCCGCCGCCUGGCCGCUACUGGUCAGUCGACAAGCUCGGGGGCUGGCGCGCCGGCAGCUGGGACUACCUGCCCCCGCGCAGCGGCCCCGCCGCCUGGCACUGUCGCCACUGCGCCAGCCUGGAGCUGCUGCCGCCGCCGCGCCAUCUCAGCUGCUCACACGACGGCCUGGACGGCGGCUGGUGGGCGCCGCCGCCCCCGCCCUGGGCCGCGGGGCCCCCGCCCCGGCGCCGGGCCCGCUGCGGGUGCCCGCGGUCGCAUCCUCACCGCCCACGGGCCUCGCACCGCGCGCCCGCAGCUGCCGCGCCACACCACCACCGGCACCGGCGCGCCGCGGGGGGCUGGGACCUCCCGCCGCCCGCGCCCACCUCGCGAUCGCUCGAGGACCUCAGCUCGUGUCCCCGCGCCGCCCCCGCGCGCAGGCUCACCGGGCCCUCCCGCCACGCGCGCCGGUGCCCGCACGCCGCUCACUGGGGGCCGCCGCUGCCCGCCGCGCCCCACCGGAGACACCGGGGCGGGGACCUGGGUACCCGCCGGGGCUCGGCGCACUUUUCCAGCCUCGAGUCCGAGGUAUGA